UCUAGAGUCUCUUAAGGUGCUGGUUAGUUAGCAAAAUUAGCUUUCCGGGGUGUGUGUGUGUGGAACGUUUGUCAUAAAAGAACCAGCCCGAGAGUGUUGAUAGAAGUAUCUGGGAAAUCUUUAGCGUGGAUACACGGGGUAAAUAUAUCACGUCGUGUGUGUCUUGUUUUGGGGUUGUUGUUUUUUUUAAGUUAGUGAGCUAUUCAGUGGCUGUGUGAAACCGUCAGCUUAGCCGGCUAAGCAGGACAGUUGAGUUAGCGGACAGCACAAGACAGAGAAGAGACAUGGGUUCCAGAGCAUCGUCCCUACUCCGAGAGGAGGACAUCGAGGAGAUUAAAAAGGAAACUGGAUUCUCGCACAGUCAGAUCACCCGCCUCUACAGCCGAUUCCACAGCCUGGACAAGGGCGAGAACGGUGCUCUCAGCCGUGAAGACUUCCAAAGAAUUCCAGAGCUGGCCAUCAACCCUCUUGGUGAUCGGAUCAUUAAUGCCUUCUUCCCAGAGGGAGAGGAUCAGGUGAACUUCCGAGGAUUCAUGCGGACGCUGGCGCACUUCCGGCCCAUCGAAGACAACGAGAAGAACAAAGACCCGAACGUCGAGCCGCUCAACAGCAGGACCAACAAACUGCAGUUUGCCUUCCGUCUCUAUGACCUGGACCGAGAUGAUAAAAUCUCUCGAGAUGAGCUACUCCAGGUGCUGCGGAUGAUGGUGGGUGUGAAUAUUUCCGACGAGCAGUUGGGCAGCAUCGCAGACCGGACCAUCCAGGAGGCGGAUACCAACGGAGACAUGUGCAUCUCCUUCAGCGAGUUCAUCAAGGUGUUGGAGAAAGUUGACGUUGAGCAGAAGAUGAGCAUUCGCUUCUUGCACUGAAGCACCACUCGCUUCUCGAAGGACCCGACUCUAAUCCGAGGCCGUUCGCGCCGUGUGGAAUCCGCCACCGCUGGUCCGUCGCAUUUCGGCCUCCUCCUGCUCCUGUUCCUCGUCUUACGGGCAUCGUCGCUUUUGUCUUUUUCUGUUCGUUUCUUCUGUCAAAUCAUCGCUCGCAAUCGCACUCGCAUUGUUGUUUGGAUCAAAGGGAACUUUGACAUACCUUCAGUUGUUGAACCGGUCAGCCUGGCUGUAAUCGUAUUUAUUCUGGACAAUUCCUGGUUCGAACCCGGCUCGCUUAUUGUUCCGUUCAACAUAGCGAUGAAGUAAUUUGACCACCUGUCGUCGAUUAUCGUAUUCAGAGCCGAAUCUGUUUUGUUUUUUGUUUUUAUAUGUGAUCCGUCUGUCUUAAUCAACUUAACUCUCACUCCAAAAACAACCUUCAGCUUGACAUUUUUCUUUACUGUUGUUUUUUUUUCUUUUCUUUUCUUCUUGUCUUUAAUAUUGUGCUCAAGAUAUGUGAUUUGUGAGACAUUUGCACAUUUCCCC